AGGGAUGAAUGCUAAAUGAUUUUGUUAAUUAUAUCCUAAUGAAGUUAAGAUGAUUACAAUUUUAUUAUUGACGAAAUUACUAAGAAAUCAUAAUGUUUUAUUGAAUUAAGGUUUGCAACAAUUUACUUUUUAAAUCUUUAUACAAAUUAUUUUAAAAUAUUUAUAAACAUUUACUCAAAAAAACAAUUAAUUUUACGCAAAGUACAAGCAGAUUACGGUUACCUAGUAAGGUAUUAUUUUCAACGGCAUAUUUAUCACUCAUGACGCAACGAGAAGUACCAGCAUCUCUUAAGUAGUAAAUAAUUAUAUGGUUCAUCAUACUCGAACCGAAACUCUGAAACGCGUCGCUGAUUCGCGCGACACGGUAAAACGAGACGCACUACGUAGAGAACGAGGCACGGGGGAAUACGCUGCUUCCGGUCCGCCAGGUAAGCGCGCAGGAAGUUGCCGCUUCGAACCGUCGUACUAUGGCCAAACGCUCGGGAAGAUUUUCAGAUUUGCACUCCCUGUGCGGUGACCGUGAAGAUUGUAGAUUUGGUGCGGGUCCUUCCUCUUACAAAAAGUCAUUAUUGUACUCUCUGUGAACCGUGGGUGGAAAAAAUAAGUGGGAAAGCGUCGCAGUUAGCUAUCGCGAGUGAAUAGAAUGAGAGAUAGGAUAGAGAUAGCAUAUCGAUAGCAAUCUCAGAUUUGAAAUUUGAAAUACGUCAGCUUGUGUAAAAUUAAUAUAAGUAGGUCGUCGUUCUGGAAAAUCGAGAAUCGAAUUAUCUUCGAGAUAAGCGUUCUAUUAGAUACAGUGUAUUAAAUUUUUUGUUUGUAUUUAUUUUGGUUUAACAUUGUCACGUAGGUAUAAUUGCGGAAUGAAUCUUUUUUCCAAAUAUGAAUUCGAGGGUCCUGACCUUCGAUUCGUUUUGUAAUGAACUAUUCACCGCGAUUACAUUGGGACGUUGUUAAACAUUCUCAUUGACAGCCGAUUUAAAUUGGCUGCAGCUGCUGCGGCUCAUUAAUACUUAUUAUCUACUGACCGAAUUCUAUUGUAAAAAAAGACCGAUAUCGAUAUCUACCAUUCAUUCAUUUUCGACUAUCAGCUCUUCUCGAGCUUCAGCUGAUCUUCCGCUUGAAGUGAAAGAUUAUCCACGCAUAUUAUUUAUAUACGGUUAUACCAUUGCGCUUCUAAGCAUUAACUAAUUCGUGAACAGUCAUCAUAAUUAGCUCAUUAAUUAACUCAUGAUGUCAGAGUAUAAUAAUUACAUAUUGUAUACAAAGGGAAACAAUUUUCUGGAUGAAUUUCAACGUGACAUUGGAUCCUUCCUCUCACUCUAUUCGAGUGAGAGGAUCUCCAAUUCGAGUCGCUUUAUUUCGAUUCGCACAUCAUUGGCCACGUAUUCCAGUAUCGUUGAUUUGAUUAUGGAUUUUUUCUAUUUGGAGGAAAUAUGUAAUUGACCUAUUUACCUGGUGAGACCUAAUAUUUCGAAGGGCCGCAUAUAUGUAAAUGGCGGAAGGUGUUGGGAGCGAGAGCGUGACGCUGUCGAAUUUUUGGGCGCAGGAAGUUGACUGAAAUAACGAAACAAAGAGGCAUGGACACACAAAGAAACGGGAAGCCUCGUCGACAACGAGGCAAGUCGACCACGAAAGGACAUCCGGUCUCUCUUUCUCUCAUUCUCUCUUCCUCUCUUCGUGGUUCCCUUUAGUCGCCACAAACUUACUGUCUGUUUCCUCUUGGUUUCGCCUUCCGCACCACCUGUCGUUACCAUGCGGAUGCCAGGGGUUCACCCUGCUCUUGGAAGAUACGCGUGCGCGAACUACUUUCGAACUUCAAAGCAUCCACGGUCAUUAUUGCAUAUUAAUUAAUGUUAUCAAUCACCAGAUCGUUAUUCCUUAUUACAAAUCACAUUUUUACAUUAUAAGGAAAAAAGUCUUUAAUGUUUAUUAUAAAUUAUUAAUAUCAGUGAAAGCAGCGUGAGAUUUUCUAAUCAAAUUCAUCUUUCAUAAACUUUCACAAAACAAAUAUGAAAAAUAGCAUAAUCGACUUUUGUCAUGCACAGGAUGCUUAGGAAUAUUCACGUAUUGAUACCUUUAUUUUAAUCUGUAAUUUUGUUUGCAUGUGCGAGCAUAAUAUAACAUCUAUAAAUUUUAUUUUUUAUAAGACUUUAUCGAGAUAAUAUACGCGUUAUCGAAACGAAAACAAUUGAAUAAUGCCAGUGUCGAAAGCGUUUCCACAUUAGUCUAGACACGACGUGCAAACUUACAUGUACACACACAUGCACGCACACACACACAUGGUUUCCAAAUGUAAGCGAUGGAAAGUUCUAUAGCGAUAAGAGUUUCCCUUUCAAAGGUCUUUAAGACUUUAAUGCGGUGCCUAUCGUUAGACCUGUCGAAACUUGAAAAGACUGAAAAGGGGGCCUGCUGAGGAAACGAUCGUAAAAUGCCCAAAUGCUCAACCUGUCCUAAUUGAUUGGGAAUGGCAUGGCGAGAAACAGUGCACUUUACGGAGAAUCGAGUUUACGCGCCUGAUGGCGACCAUGGUAACAUUUGUGAUUCAAUGGUGGGAGUUUUAAGAACGGCUAGACGUUGAGCCGAAGCCGUGAGGGGUGAAGAGGGCACGGUGAGGAUUGUCGGUAGAGAUGGAGGGGUACAACGCAGGGACGGAUGUAAAAUGGGAGAAGAGCGUUGCAACAUUUGUCAUCUUUCUCUUUGCUUUCGGUUACACUGGAAAAUCAUUAUAUUAAAUAAAAACUAAAAAUAAAUGUGUGUGUAUGAAAACUAUAUAACACGUGACAGAAAGUUCGACUUAUUGUUCCAAGCGCAUCUUUUGGUCAGAGCUGGUGAUUAAUGAUUUAUAGUCAAAAAGAUAACGAUUUAUCUACAUUAAUCAUGAUUUGCAACUUUCUACGAAUAAUUCACAAGUAUGCCAGAAAAUCAGUUGAAACGCGAAACUUUACCGUCUAAAACUGCUUUUAAUUUAUCUUUCGGAGGGACUUACUUUCAACAACGUGUUCACGCACGCUUUUAUUUCGAAACAUGUUUCCUAAAACUUCCAAAAACUUCUUUUUUGAUGGAAGUACAGUAUGUACAGCUACGGACGCAAACAUAGUGACGUUUCUCUAACUCGGUAAACAAGAAAGACGCGUUUGCUCCAGUUUUAUCCCAAAGUUGACGGCGUUCUCCAGCGUCGAAAUUCUUCGUACGUCACUGCCGAGACGGUGAACGCGUUCACCGCAACGCUCCGCCGAACGUGCGCUCAGUCGCGUCUCUGCAUUCAUGGCAUGAGGUCACGUGGGGCCGUCCGAGCGCCGCCCCGUCUCGUGCGUCGUCCAGUAUCCGUCGCGCUGCAGCGUGCAGUUGUUCGCGCGCUUCGCAGCGCGUAGGACGUCCGUUCACGGUCCCUCCGCGACCGCCGCGCGUUUCCUCGCGAUCUCCCACGACCGCUAAACUUUCUAUUACGACCUCGCUCGGUGAACGCCGCCUCGUUUGUCGGCGACACGACGUUCACUCGAAGGCAGCCGAAGGUGAAGAGGGAUAAAGGGAACGUUGCAUCCCGCGCAUUUCGGGAGUGCGGAAUUCAGCGCGGCUCGAAUCGCAGGAUGACAAGUAAACGCGAUCGGCGACGUCGCCGUCGCCGAGGAUCACCGCCGGGUAGCUGUGUCCGGAUUUAGGUCCAAUCGGGCGCUUUGGUUCCGCGCUCUUUUGCGGGACUGUGCACCAUUUCUUACGGGGAACCGUGCGGCAGCGAAUACCGUGUCGAAGGAGAAACUCUAUCCUACAUCUUGGAGAUAACUUCGCAAGUUUUGGAGUCGUAGCAGGGUACGACCUCGCUCGUGUCCAGGAAACGCAUCCUUCGUAACGUUGCACGUUUUUUAUUUCAUGCGUGGGAUAUUUCUUCCGCGUAUUAAAGUUCAUCAGGAUAUCGCCAACCCCCGAGACUAGACUGGCCGGUAAAAUUGCAGCUCGGACGUAACACCCCAGACCGAGUCCGCCCAUGUAACACGUCUAAGCGAGCGACAACGUGCACGCCGCGAGAUAGAAAGUAAAUUCUGUCCGUUUGAAGCUCGCGCGACGGGGUUUGCGAGUUCCCGACGAUUCUCGACUCGGUGGAACUCUCUCGCCGCCGAACCGAGCGGAUCGGGAGCGUGGAGCGUGUACCACCGCGGGCGAAGGCAAGUUAGUGGCGCUCGUCACGAACGCGUGCGUUGGAGUUGAAGUCGGAGCGAUCGAAUCGAUCUAGAGGAGUGGUCAUUAAACAACUUUUUAUAUCACGACCGCGGUUAUGAUGGGGGUAUUGAGAUGGAGGCACGAUCUCAGAUCGGAGGCCGCGCAGCAGCAGCAGGAACAGCAACAGAGAGCCGGCGCUGACCGAUCCGCCGGACACAACAGUCACACGCACACCCACACUUUCCCGAAGCUGCUGUCGCAGACGCCCAGAGAUGACAGGACAACGUCGAGUCCCGGUGGUGCAACCAGCAAUCACACCCCAGCGCUGUCGCCAUCGCCGGUGGGUGAUGCACCCUUGGGUAAAGCUCUCAUGGAGGCGGCUCUGCAGCAGCAGACCGCGACUGGCGUCCAGCCACCCUUAGUGGUCACGCCGACUGGAUACUGGGUCGACGGUACCGAUCAUCGACAUACCCUCGACUCGGCUGGCAGAGCAUUGCUGCCAGCACAGCCGGCCUGGCAGCCUAGGAUAGACCAGGACGACACGGCCAAGUGUUAUCGUCGCUUCUUCGUCGGCAGGGAGCACGUGAACCUCGUGGGAAGGGACGGUGAGAACGGCCCGGUCCUGGUCUCGGUGAAGGCCGAGACGGUUGCCGGACAGGAACACUGGCGGGUAUUGCUACGGCUACGAGCAGGAUCGACUCACGAUUUGGUCCCGACCACAAAUCUCAGUUCAAAUCCUACACCGUCAAAGAUGGUCAAGGCGAUCAACGAGUCCCUCAACGUGAGUCCUCUAACGCCCGUCAUGUGUCCCGGUGCUGGUACAUUGAUAGCUCGAUACGACGAGCACGCACUCGUCUCCAGAUUCAAGUUCGGCGUAUUGCAUCAACGGGCUGGUCAAGUGACUGAAGAACAGCUUUUCGGUAACCGACAGAUCACGCCAGCUUUCCAGGAGUUCCUCGACUUGCUCGGUCAAAAAAUCGACCUCAAAGAUCACAAAGGGUAUCGUGGCGGUUUGGAUACUCGGCACGGUCAAACCGGCGAUUCGGCGGUGUACGAGGUAUUUCGGGGUCGAGAGGUGCUCUUCCAUGUGGCCUCGUUGUUGCCAUAUAGUCCGGGCGACUCGCAGCAAUUGCAACGCAAACGGCAUAUCGGCAACGACAUCGUCGCCAUUAUAUUUCAGGAGGAACCGACACCCUUCAGCCCGGACAUGAUCGCCAGCCACUUCUUGCACGCCUUCAUCGUCGUGCAAGUCAUCGACCCCUGCACUCCUAAUACGAGGUACAAAGUCAGCGUGACGGCGCGCGAUGACGUUCCUUGGUUUGGACCGACCUUGCCAACACCGGCCGUCUUCCUCAGAGGUGUCGAGUUCAAAGAGUUCCUGCUCACGAAGCUCGUGAAUGCUGAAAACGCCGCUUACAAGGCUGAUAAAUUUUCCAAGUUGGAGCUGCGGACUAGAUCAGCUUUGCUAGAAUCACUCACGGAGGAAUUGCAGACAAAAACAGCCGAGUUCCUCGGCGGUUCAAUUGUUCUGGGAAAUUCCGGUUUGAACGUUUGCCCAGUGAGUCCGACCACGAGCGACGUGUCCGCUUCGGGGAGCAGCGGUAGUGGCUCGCGGUUCAUCGAUACCGUGCGCAAGGCACUGAUCUCGCGCGUAAGGAACGCGUCGACUGAAAGUGUGCCGCAGCAACUGGCCAAAAAGGGUCAACAGUCGGAGCCCAGUCCACCGAGCAAUCGGCAAUCGACUACCGUGAAGGUGAGCGGCGGAAAGCGUUCCGUGGAACCGUCUAGUCCUCUUGGCUCGCCGGAUCUUACCUUGAGGAGGGACUCGGAGCGCGGCAGUCUCGGCAGUCAAGACAGCAGCCUGUCGAAUACUGACAAUCAAGAUAGCAGCCUGGCUACGUUGCAACAGGACGAGUACGAUCGCAGGGAACCGCAGGGUGCGAGCGUCGUCUGUCUCGACAACGACACCACCGUUGUCGACAAAACCCCAGCGCUGCCGACAGCGCCGGCAGCGGUUCAACGAUUAACGCACGAAAAUCUGCGCACGCAAGAGAAGACGACGACGACGACGACGACGACGACGGAGGUAACGCAACGAGUGAUCUCGGAGAGCGACGACAGCUCGCUCAACAGCGAGCUCGAGCUCGACCAGGCCGUAUACCCCGACAGUGACACGGGCCUCGAAUCUAUGAGUUCCGCGGAGACUCACGACACCACCAGGUGUCCAGGCAAGGACGGUGUCGUGGAGAACGAGACUCUGAGGAUGGAGGUCACCAGACUCAAAUGCGACAAACUGGAUUUGCUGCGGCAGAAUGUGACAUGCCAACGUGAAUUGAAACGUCGUCGUGAGAAGGAACUGCAGUUGGAAUCCGACCUGGCGGCAGCAUCCAAGGAGAUCCUACGGUUACGGGCGAUGCUGAAGGAGUGCUCGACGAGCAUUCCGCUAGACAACAACAAUCAACAGACGUCCACCGUAUAAAGUUUACGGGCGAGUGCAUGCUCUUAAUUAAGUGUGAUGCAAAUCACACAAGCCGCUAUUUGCGAGAUAUUAAAAGAUCGAUACUGACGAAAACUGCGUGCGAAAUUCACACGCAAGCUAUUUUGUCUCUUUAUUUUUUCGCGCGACAGAUUUGAGAUUAAAAAUGCCGAUAUAUAACGACGUUUAAAAAAUGCGCUAAGAACAUUUAAAGACGAAAGAUUAGACGCUGGACAAGUCUCUCAAUACUUAAACACUACGUACCUUCCAUUCAUCAGGAAUCGUGUGUCACUUCCAAAGGUCUACCAUUAGCAAUCCGUAAGAGCGGUUAGCUGUACGAUUUGCAAUUUAGAUGCUUUAGAAGAUGCGAAGAUUGGUCAAUCGAAUUGAGCUUUCUCUCUUAGGUGGAGAUCGGUACAAGUUGUGUAAGUCAUACGCGUUAGUUUAGGAUAUUAGUGCAGGAUCCUGCGAAGUCCUGUAUAAUCAGAGACCGAAGCAUCUUAGAGACUCUUGCAGUGUAGGCUCGAAAUUUGUUAGAGUUCUUGUUUGACUUAUGACACAUAAUAUAUUUAUCUCUAUUAAUUUAUUAGUAGACCUAAGUUGACCAGUCGUAGUCAAUAUACAAUAUAUAUAUAUAUAUAUAUAUAUAUAAUGGACGUAAAAAAAAGCAGUAGGGAUAUGUGUAAUGUUAGCCGUUUUAGAACGAGACACACAGAUUCAGCAUUGAAAAAGACGAAAAUUAUCUGUAUCUGUGUACUGAUUACGUGUUAGAGAGCUAAUAUAUUAACUCGGCUUCUUUCCGUAGCACGAAUUAUCCGCCGCGAUUGGGCAAAACUUCCGAAUUUUCACCACGCGAUCUUCCGAGGCAAAGAGAUCUCGCAAUUGUAGCAGAAGUAUGUAUCUAAAUACUAGCUGCAGUAUUUAUCACGAUAUAGAUUUUCACGCAACACGCAUCCGUUUAACUCUAGUUCUCUAGUUAUUAGACACCAGAUUAGUUUUAGAAGGUACUUCUAUAUAAUUCACCUGUCUUCGUUAGUUAUCACCACCGCGUAUUAAUUUCAGCGAAGACUGGUGUCUAACCGUUUUUAGCCGGAUCACGCACAGCACCAAAUUUAAAUUAAAACGUACGCAUUAUUUACUUUAUCGAUAAGUCUUGCACACACAAACAACAAGUAUCGUUUAUCGUUCACCGCUUAAGUUUAAGUAUUUUGUAUUCGUUCCCGGUUGACGAAUAUUCUGUUAUCUUUUAUGACUCUAGUAUUAAUACGACUCUUACCAUUAUUAUUAUUAUAUUAUCAUUAUGAUUAUUAUUAGUCCUUUUAUUAACAUUUGAUUACGUUGUACUUUGUAUGAUCUUUGUAAAUAAUACCGUUAAUGUAGAGAAACACUCGAAGGCGCUAAGCGAACUGGCACAAAGAGGAGGAACAACGACGUUCACUCACACAUAAUACCAAAGUUUAAUGUAGUAAAAUUCAUAAUUUUUUCUUUUUAUUUUCCUCGUUCCUCUUAUUCUCCCGUUUUCCUUUCGCAUGUGUUCUCCUCGCGAAUUAAGUAGUACAUUAUCGUUGGAGACGCCUCGGCUUAGAGAUAAGUACAAGUUCGUUCCGUCUAGCGUGAAAUAAAAUCGAAGGUUCGUUUAUAGAAGUACUUCCGCUGAAACACUACUGUUUGUCACUGCCUAUAUAAUGUCACACUUCGAUAUAAUAUUUCUCCUUCAAUUUUACUACGUAAAAUUUGCUUUACUGCUUAUGUAAUAUGAUUGAUGAUUAUACAUAUAUAUACACACACUCCAGUAUUGAAAAACACGAUGUCCGAUAUGCUGCAGCUAUAGUAUCGAUAAUUCAAGCAUUGGUUCUGCGUACAAAAUUUAAAAAAUACUUUUAUAAAAAUAAAAGAAAAGUACGGGAAAUAUUGUUUUCAAUAUUUUUACAAACAUAAUGGUGUGAUGAGAAAACAAUUAUAAUAAUUAAAGAUACUAAGUGCAGUAUUUCAGAUGAAUUUAUACUAUAACAAAACCAGCACUCCAUCUAAAACUGUUGCGGUAUUGUCGAAAAGAUUCGAUGGAAAUUAUACUUUUCAGAACGAAUAUUUUACGCUCUUAUGUUACCUAUUCAUUAAUCGAAAGAAUGACUAUUGUAGCACUAAUUAAAUAAACGUUUCUACCGUAUUUAUUAUACAAAGAUUCGAAAAGGCUUGUGGACAUUUUCCAGUCAUAUUGCGAAAAUUGUUAUUCCGGCGGAAAAAGAAAUUUAAUACGUGAAUGUUUGAAGCACGUUAAAUUGAAAGAAUUUAUAAAAAAUUGCUAUCUUAAUCUAAAGGAAUAUGCGAUCUGUUUCAAUCGAUUGUUGAUGUUAUAUUCGAUAACGAUAAAAUCAAUCGAAUAUUUAUAACGCUGAUUCAAUUGGGCUUGACGAAGAUAAUCCAAGAUAAGCGACAGAUAAGCCAAAGAACACUGGAAAAUCGAUCGACAUGUUGACCGAGCGUCCAAACGAGCGUGCACAUUAUCAGAAGAGUGAUUAAUUAUUACAUGCCGAUAUUAUUAUAUUAGAGAAUAUGUGAUUUGAGUAUUUUCGGAAAUGUCUUAUAUACUACCUACUGUUACUAUUUAAAGGAUUUAUAUUGCGACUUGUAUUUAAUGUUCGUGUACGAAGAAAAUUUUAGAGAGGGAGCUUCCUUAUUUUUACCAAUGUAUAUAACAUCGAGAAUAAUUGCGUUCGAUUACAAAGUAGAGAUCGUUGUCUAACGACUGCGAAGACUUAAGUUUCGCCACUCUCUAGUGUGAUUUUUAUGCUGGCCUUGCAAAGUCAAAGAAAGAUUAUCUAUAUUAUAAUAAAGAGAGAUUCAUUAUAAUAUUACUAGAAGAGAGAGAGAGAGAGAGAAAAAAGAGAAAUGAGAAGAUAGAGAAAAAAAUACUAAGAUAUAUAAAUAUAUUUUGUGUAUCUAUAACACAUUGAUGCUAUGCCACUUCUAUACAACUAACUCAAAUAUUACUAUUCUUCGAUACGUAAAAUAGUAUAUUUCUUACGACGUAACUGACAUGACUACUCGGAUCCAAUUUCUUGGUUUUACAUAUACUACGUCGAGAAUGUUUUGAAUAUAUUUUAUAAAUAAUACUUGCUAAAUUUGAUAAAUAUGUUACCGAUAUACAUCACGCGUCCAUUCUGUCGAUUGCAUAGAUCGCUUCGUUCAGUUGCACGUAGGAACUACAAUCUUUACAUUUACCGUAUUGCGACCUGCAUAGAAAUGUAUGUACACACGUAUGUGGAAAUUGUUAGUACAACUGUUUCUAAUACUUACUACAUUAGAAAUUGCACCCUUCGUAACUAUAUUGCAUUACUUGUUAGUUUUACUUUUUUUAAAUUGGACCAAACGUACAAAUUUUUGGAAAAUUAUUUAAAGUUCAUCGACAUUGUCGAAUCAUUUAACCGCUCUGCCGACCAAUUGGUGCAAAAUGCAACAACAGAAAGAGAACAAUGUUGAUGUAUUAUUUCGCUUACGAAUAAUUAUUAAGAAAUCGAUAUACGAAAUAAGAAAAGGAUUUAUAUUCUUGAAAAUGUUAUUAAAAUUGUAUAAGAUCGUGAAAAAUAUAAAUUAGGCUAAAUAUGCAAAUUGCACCAAUUAUGUAUAGCUUCUAUAGCACCAAUUAUAUUCUGUGAUUAAUAACUUUUUAAAGCACAAUUAUAUACAAAAUACUGAAAUAUGCAUUGAGUAAAUAACAUGAAGUAAAUAAUCUUAGGGUUGUGUGAUGCGAUCCUAUGAAAAAUAUAUUUCGAAUUGAUUAAUAAAAAUUAAGGUCCAAUUGUGAAAUUACGUUAUACAAAGAAUAAAUUAUAAACGCGCAAUGUGCACGAUACUCAGCAAACUACUUUGUCAAUAUAUAAAUAAUCCUCAAAAGCGGAGAGCUCCGAUUAUCGGGGUAGUUAUAUGUAUAUAAGCAUACUCGUAUAAAAUACAGAAAAAGAAAGAAAAUAAAAAACAUAACAAUCUGA